AUGGCAACUAUAAAUAAUAAUAGUACAUCAUUAGAACCGAUAGCUUUAAUAGGUAUGUCCUGUGAAUUUGCAGGUGAUAUUCAUUCACCUAAUGAUUUAUGGGAUGCAUUAAAAGAAAGUCGUGAUGUUGGUAGUGAAACACCAAUUGAUCGAUUUGAUCUUGAAUCAUUUACUGCUCAUAUGAUUAAUAUGGAUAAUAAUGGACAACUUCGUCAAAAACUUCUUCGUGCUGGUUAUUUUAUGUCAAAUCGACAAUGGGAUAUGUUUGAAUCAAGUUUCUUUGAUUUAUCAGAUGCUGAAGCAGGCAGUGUUGAUCCAUGUCAUCGAUUACUUAUGUUAAAAUUUGUUCAUUUACUUGAUGAUGCUGGAUACAGUGUUGACAAAAUCAAUGGUACAAAAACAUCAGUACAUAUUGGACAAUUUUCAACAGAUCAUGCAAUUGCAACAACUCGUAUGAAACCUGAACAUCGAUCAAGAUUUCAUGGACCUAACAGUUUAUUAUAUAAUGCUUCAACUCGUUUAUCAUAUCAUUUUAAUUUACAUGGUCCAAAUGUAUCAUUAGAUGUUGCUUGUUCAUCAUCUUUAGAAGCUUUACAUAUGGGUGUACAAUGUCUUCGUACAAAUGAAGCGGAUAUGGCUGUAUGUGGUGGUGUUAAUGGAAUUUUUGCACCAGAAAGUUUUCUACAAAGUUCACUUAUUGGUGCACAAUCACCUGAUGGAAGAAGUCGAUCAUUUAGUGUUGAUGCUAAUGGUUAUGCUAAAGGUGAUGGUCUGGGUCUUUUAUUAUUAAAACGAUUAAGUGAUGCCGAACGUGAUGGUGAUCGUAUAUAUUGUGUUAUUCGUGAUGUACUUAGUGGCCAUGAUGGAAACGAAGAUAAACUAAAUUUUGUCGUUCCAUCAGCUGCCGGACAAGGCCGAUUAUUAGCAAAUAUCUAUUCAAGAAAUAAUUUUGAUACUCGAAAAAUCUUAUUUGUUGAAGCACAUGGUACAGGUACACCAGUUGGUGAUCCAAUUGAAGCUAAUUGUUUAGGUCGAUUUUUUAAUCGAUCAAAUCUUGAUCCACCAUUAUUAUUAGGUUCGAUUAAAAGUAAUUUAGGACAUACAGAAGGUGCAGCUGGUGUUGCAUCACUUAUUAAAGCUGCUAUGUGUAUGCAUCAUCGUGGUAUUACAGCAAAUAUGCAGUUUACUUCACUUAAUCCAAAAAUAGAUGCACAAAAAUAUAAUCUACAUGUUGUUCAAAAUUUUAUACCAUUUCCAUCUCUUCCAAAUAAUGAAAAAAUAGCUAUAGGUGUUAAUUCAUUUGGAAUGGGUGGUACAACGACACAUGCUAUUAUUGAAGAAUAUCAACCAAAUAAAAAAACAUCAAUUACAAAUGGUCAUAUCAAUGGAUAUGACAUUAAAAGUAAACAAUAUUUCACUUUUAUCUUUUCAACAAAAAGUCGUCAAUCUCUUAAUAAUCAAUUAAUUGAAUUCAAUCGUUGGUUAGAAACAAAACCAAUUAAUAAUAUAGAUGAUGAUGAUGAUGAUAAUGAUGAUCAAGCUUUUCUUCAACGUAUAUCUCAACAACUUCUUCUCAAAAGAACUAUUAGUUAUACACAUUCAGCAAUCUUUGUUUUUCUCAAUCGUCAACAAUUACAAGAACAAAUCAAUGCUUUUCUUACUGAACAAGCAUCGCCAGGCCUUUCAAUCAUAUCACGUCCAACAAAACCAUUAGCACAAAAAAUAUGUUUUGUUUUUAGUGGACAAGGUCCACAAUGGUGGGCUAUGGGUAGACAAUUAUAUGAAAGUGAACCUUUAUUUAAUAAAUGGAUUAAUUUAAUUGAUGCAGAAAUGACAAAAAUUAAUAAGGGUGAAUGGAGAUUAUUAGAAGAAUUAAUUGAAAAGAAAAAUGAACAAGAAUCUCGUAUUAAUGAUACAAAUAUUGCUCAACCAACAUUAUUUGCUAUACAAGUUGCAUUAGCAGCUUUACUUGUUUCAUGGAAUAUUUAUCCAUCAACUAUUAUAUCACAUAGUGCUGGUGAUCAAGCAGCUGCUUUUGUUGCUGGUCGUUUAAGUUUAGAAGAAGCUGUUCGUGUUGUUUAUCAUCGAUCACGUCUUCAAAAUCGUAAUACAAGACAAGGUGGUCGUAUGUUAGCUGUUUCAAUGAGUGAAGAAGAAGUACAAAACAAACUUCUGAAAGGUAUUGAACAUUUGGCUUGUAUUGCUGUUGUUAAUAGUCCUCGCUCAGUAACAAUAAGUGGUGAUGAAAAAACUAUUGAUGAAAUACAACAAAUUCUUUCCAUAUCUUAUCCUAAUGUAUUCAAAGCACGUCUUCGUAUUGAAAAUGCAUUUCAUCGUAUCAAAUAA